AUGGCGGAUCACUCUGACACGACAGUGUCGGACAAGCGACGGCAACAACAUGCUAUAGCGCAUACCAAGGACCACGCAAGAAACUCCAUCACAUUAAUCUUUGACCACUUCUGGGCCAAGUUAAAGGCUUGUAUACAGCCUGAAGCACCAUGCCAAAAACUGCCCAUGAAG